CCCGCGCCCCGGCCCUGCGCCCCGGCCCGCCCGCACCCCGCGGGGACCCCGUUCGGCGCCACCGGAGGCCGCGAGGCGCUCCCUUCCGAGACCCCGGCCCCGCGAGCCCAGCCGCUGACCCCAGGCUCCAAGUCCCAGGCUGACCCCCGACCCUCGCCCCGGAAGUCGGGGCGACGCGGAAGUUCCGGCUCGGUCGCUAGGAAACGAGCCAGCCCGACGCCAGGGGCGGGGCCGGGGCCUCCGGGCCGAGCGGGGCAGGCAGGUGAGGCAGGAGAAUGCACAGUAAGAAGAGGGGCCCAAAAGCUGCAGCUGGAAAGUGGCAGACGCCCCACCCUGGGCCCAAGUCGAGUGCCAUUGCUGGGAAGCCUGGGGAGAACCAUCCGCCGCAGAGGAAAGCGGGCCAGCAGGUGAGGCAGCCUGAGCCUGCCGAGAGCCCCGAGGCCCCCACAGGGCCGGCCGCAGAGGACCGAGCGGCCAGGGCGAUCCAGGGCGCCUUCCGGCAGCUCCGGGCCAGGAGGGAGCUCGCCCGCCGCCGGGAGGAGCGCCGGGAGUACCUGGAGCAGAUGGAGAAGCUGCAGAGGGAGGCCUAUCUGGCCCUGGUGCGCCGGGAGCAGGAGGCCGCGCGGCGGCGGCGCGAGCAGGAGGAGGCGGCGCAGCGGGAGCGGCGGGAGGAGCUGCAGCGCCGCCGCCGCCUGCUGGAUGCCGCCUUCGACGGGGACCUGAGCGAGAUCCGGGCGGUGCUGAAGGAGGUGGAGCAGCUGCUGACCCGCGAGGGCGUGGGCCACGACGAGGCGGGCAACGCGCGGCGGCUGCAGCGACGCGUGGCCCUGGUGGAGUGCCAGGACAGCAACGGGAACACGCCGCUGUCCGAGGCGGCCGCGGGCGGGCAGCCCCUGGCCAUCCAGCUGCUGGCUGAGCUCGGUGCCAGCCCCAACAGCAAGGGCGCCUUCGGUCGGACGCCGCUAUACCGCGCAGCCUUUGGGGGCCACCUGGAAGCUGUGGAGGUGCUUCUGAAGCUCGGAGCAGACCCACGGGUGUACGCAGAGGACGGGAGCACCCCUGAGCAGGUGGCCUCGCUGGAUGCGGUGGUGAGCGUGCUGCAUUCGUGGGACCUGAGCCUCACAGAGGCCAUGCUGCAGAACAUGGAGGCAGAGCAGCAGCACCGGGCCCAGGAGGCCCAGCGGCACAAGGAGGCUGAGGCUGAGUGCAUGACCCUCAAGGUCCAACAGCUGGCCAGGGAGCAGCAACAGUGCCACAAGGAGCUGCAGCAGGCCUACUGCGAGCUGAGCCGGAGGAUCUCGGAGCACGACCAGUGUGAGUGGAGGCGCAUGGACAAGACGGAGCUGACACUGCAGGCCAUCAAGGAUGCAGAGGACCAGGUGGACAGGCUGCAGCAGGAGGCCCGGAAGGCUGAGGAGGCGCUGGCUCUGGCCAGGCUGGCGCUGCGGGAACAGACGCAGGACGGGGAAGAAGAGGCGCAGGGGCUGAAGUGCCAGGUCACGGAGCUGCAUGACGUGCUGAUGAAGGACGUGGGCAACCGCAUCCAAGCGGACGGCCGGCCAGGCGGCUACCUUCCUGCGCUACCAGGACACCAAUUACGUGGACACAGUGAACCCAGAGCACCUGAGGCCGGAGAGGAUGCGACUGGCUCUUCUGGGGGCUCUGCGGUGAGGCAGGCAGGGCGUCAGGUACACCCACCCCACCCCCAGCCCCACCCCGCCUCAUCAGCCUUCUGGGGCAGGUACGGGAAGCCGCUGGUGUUUGACCUGCACGAGGUGGACCUGUUCCCAGCCGUGCAGCAGCAGCUGGAGGCGGUGCAGCCCGGCCUGGCCCAGGCGCUGCUGAGCCGUGGCCUGCUGGAGCAGGAGAGGUACCUGUCACUGCUGCGGCCCACGGACGGGCCUGAGUACAGCCCCACGCAGUUCCAGGAGACGCGCCUGGAGCACUUCCGCCUCUUUUUCGUCACCAAGGCCCAGUGGCCACCGGCUGAGCAGCUGCAGGUGCUGCUCCCGGUGCGAGUGCAGCUCCCGGGCACAGGCCUCUAGUGCUGGCUCCAACCCCAAUAAAGUGUGUGCCCCGGGGCGUGGUGCCCUCUGUGCUGUGUGUGUGAGGGGCGGGGGCGGCGUGUGCAGUCCU